AUGAACCCAGCCGGCUCAAUCGCUCUGGCCCUCUUCCUGACAACCUUCGGUGUAAUCUUCUUCUGGUACAUCUGGGUCAAGGUUUUCGAAUGGGAGCUCGCCAUCUGGUACCGCAGCACCGUCGAGCGUCGCAAGGAACUCGAGCUUGAGGCUAGAAGUAUUGAUUUGGAGAUGGGAAGAGGAAGUGUGGCUGCUAGCAAGGCACCUAGCAAGCAUGGAAGCAAGAAAUCUGGAGGAGGAGGAAGCAAGCAUGGAAGCAAGGCUGCUAGCAAGAAGUCGGGUAGCAAGGGCGGAGGGGGAAGCAGACAUGAUAGCAGAUCGGGAAACAAGGCUUGA